AUGUGACAGGCGCUGUGCAGAGUCAGAAGGGACCAGGAGGUCCUCCCUUCUUCAGAGGCAAUCAUGUGUAGUGAAAUUUCUUGCAACUAAUAGCUUCCUAUAAUAAACUGCAGUGGGAAAUCAGUCUUUGGAAAAGCAGCUUAAACGAUUCUGCCAAAAACUUCGCAACAAAGUCUUCCAAGUUUCCAAAGUACGAUGGAAAAUAUCCUUCGGGGUCAGCAAGUGGAACUGCAAGCCCUUCCCAGGACUGCAACCAGAAACACAGAAAGAUGGAUCCCUUCCAACAGAGGCUGCUGGGACCAGAAGCAGCAAGGGAAGACGCCACGGCAAACCGCUCUCGCUUCACGCGCGGCACUGUCCACGGAGAACGUGGCAGCGGCUACCGGGCAGGGCUGCUAUGGCCCAGAUGAACAUCCUCACAGCAGGGACGGUGCCGGCGCCAACACACGCCAUCGCGGCCCCGAGGACGCCAACGUCGUGUUAGAGAUGCUCUGGGGAGGGCUGGAUAUUCGGGCCGACAGGACAAUCCGGCUGCGGGAUGAAGAGCUGGCCUCCCUGCGCCCGGCACGGCGGUUCAUGCAGAUUUUAGAGGUUGACGUUCCCAAAACACGGACAGAGAUUGAGCAGCAUCUGAGAUAUUAUUCACUGACGGAUACUCCCUUGCCUCUAACAGAGUUUGACCGGCUCCUUUUCACUGGUGUUUACUGUGCCUAUCAGGUUCGCUCUAUGCAGGGUCUGGAUAAAAAUCUCUGGAUUAGUUUUUUCUCUCAGCUGGUCGAUGAAAUCUUUCGUGAUCUGUGCAAGGGGCUCUGCCCUGCAAAUACCACCCUCCUGCUGGCUUCCUGGCCCUGGAAGGAGAAGCCUUCACAUUUAGCAUCCCUGAAACAAUUCUAUCAUUCUAACCUGGCCAGGACCAAGAGAGGCACUUAAUAAGGGACACUACUGUAGGAAAGGACACACCUGACUUCAGCUGCAUCCUUGGUUAUUUUGAAUGCUUUCCACAUUAUUCAGGACGUUGUACAAAUACGCCACACCUUUUUGUCCUGCUUUCUGCAUUGCGCUGGCAACCCUCUAAGGAUUUGUACACGAGCUUUUAUUUUUAAAUGAAAUAGGAUGAAACUGUAAAGUGCAUUUCACCCUUUCCUGUUUUUUUUGUUUGUUUGUUUGUUUGGUUUUUUUAAGUGGGCUGUGCUGAAGGGGGCAGUGCUAUUUAGAUGUGUUGUCUAUCUUGAUCACUGAUGCUUACUGGGGAGAUGUCCUGGCAGGUUUUUUCCCAGGAUGUUACACUGGUGUCCUAGCUGACAUCAUUUCAGAUAAUUCAGUUCAGCCUCCUUAUAUUGCCCCUGUGGUUUCAGCCAAAUACAGUAUCUUUUCUCCUCUCCAGUAACCAGCUAAGCAGAUUUUGUUGUGUUUCAUGAUACAGAUCACAUACUUAAUUUCAGCUAUCUUCUCAUGUGGCAUCACAUUUUGUGUGCCCACAGUAAUGUCCCAUCUCAUGUAUUAAUUUUUCUUUAAAAAGCAACCUGAAAAUGUAUGUAUUCCAUGAAGUUUUCUAGUAUUUGCACACCAUAUUUACACAUGUACACUGCUUUGUGUCAGUUAUCAGUUUGGAAUAUACUUCCUUAAAUCUCAUUUAAAUUCCUAAGGAUCAUGACCUAGUUAUUUCUUCAGCAGAUUUUACCCCUUCUAUGAAGUUUUUUUGUACAGCACUGGCACUUUACAAGCCAAACAUAAUAAAUACACAAUCUCUAUCCCCAAAAUCAGAAGUACAAUUAUUUUCUAGAAAGAGAUCAUUAACCUUUCUCUCUCUUACACAUUGUAGUAUGGAAUUAAAUAAAUGUAAUUAUCUACUCGG